AUGAUGUCCUAUUUGAAGCAGCCGCCGUACACGGUGAACGGUCUGAGCUUAUCUACCUCAGGAGUGGACCUGCUGCAUCCUUCAGUGGGAUACCAAGGUAAUAUAGCCCACCCCAGGGUGCAACUAUGUGCCCCUCGCAAACAGAGGAGAGAGAGGACGACCUUCACUCGGGCCCAGCUCGACGUGCUGGAGAACCUAUUCGGCAAGACUCGGUAUCCUGACAUCUUCAUGAGAGAAGAGGUGGCCUUAAAGAUCAACCUGCCCGAAUCCCGAGUGCAGGUAUGGUUCAAAAACCGACGCGCCAAGCAUCGCCAGCAGGCCCAGCAAACCCAAAGUGGAGUGCAGAACAAGGCUGUCAGCAAGCCGGUGAAAAAGAAAGGCUCUCCGAUCCGAGAGGCCAGCUCAGAGAGCGGUGCCAGCGGCCAGUUCACGCCGCCCUCCAGCACCACACUCCCGGCUGUGAGCAGCAGCGCGGCGCCGGUGUCUAUCUGGAGCCCGGCCUCCAUCUCCCCUCUCUCCGACCCGCUGUCUACCUCCUCCUCCUCCUGCAUGCAGCGCUCUUACCCCAUGACAUACACCCAGGCGUCGGGCUACAACCAGGGCUACACGGGCUCCUCGUCCUACUUCACCGGGAUGGACUGCGGCUCCUACCUUUCUCCUAUGCACCACCAGCUAUCCGCCGCGGGCUCCGCCAUGAGCCCCAUGGGCAGCAACGGCGUCUCCAGCCACCUGAGCUCCGCGUCUUCCCUCUCCUCGUCGGCGUACGGGACGGCGGGGCUGGGCUUCAGCGGAGCCGCGGACUGCCUGGACUAUAAGGACCAAACAGCCUCCUCAUGGAAGCUCAAUUUCAAUGCGGACUGUUUGGAUUAUAAAGACCAAGCAGCGUGGAAAUUUCAAGUGUUGUGA